GUUAGAUUUUGGGUAUUGGACACAGUUCUAAAAAAACACCAACUUCACUUGUUUGGGUUAGCACAAUUUUGAAAAUGUCUGUUGCUUCAGGUUGUUGUCUAAAAUGGUCUACUUCCGUGGGAGAUAUCGUUAAAAGAACAUCAACUCUUAUAAAUUAUGCUCGUUCAGUCUAUGACAAAGUGGGAUCAUCUAAACCGGAUACUUUUGAGUCAGUUGUUCUGCCUAUUUCUAUGUUCGAAGCUGAAUAUCAAACAGAAAGGAAUGCCAUAGAUUUCCCUCAACACACUUUCCCUUGUAAAGCUAUAAGGGAUGCCAGUUGUGACGCCACUCGCAAACUUUCCGAUGUUGAAGUAGAAUUAGAGUAAGUUGACUCAGUCUCCAUCUCGCGAUUUUGCGGUUUUCCUUAAAGUCAUGUGAAAACUCGUGGUUUCCCUCAAGCUUUGGGGUAAUAUUGUGGUGUCCUCAAAAUUUUGCCCGAAACAAAGAUUGGGGAGAUUGUUACAGCUUGUGCUCAUCAUGAUGUGAAUUAAACUUGUGUAAAUUUAGCUUGCAUAGCCUGUUAACUGCGACUAGUGAGAAAUGAUUAUAAUCAAGAUGCGAAAGGACGUAUUUGAGAAGUUUGUUUCAGUUCAAAAAAAUAUAGAUUCAUCAUUCUCCGAUGAAUAUCGUCGUUAUGUUGAUAGAAAAGUUCAACUCGGUCGGAGAAAUGGUCUUCAUCUGGAUGACGAUAAAAGGAAGUUGAUAGAAGCCUUGAAUAAGGAAGAAAAUCAAUUAUGCAUUGAUUUCCAACGUGCUCUAAAUGAAGAGAACACUUUGUUAGAGUUUACAGAUGAGGAAUUGACUGGAUGUCCUGCUGAUUUCAUUGAUGGUUUGAAAAAGCUCCCUUCCGGCAAACGUGAAGUAUCUCUCAAAUAUCCACACUACUUUCCGAUCAUGCAAAAAGCAUCUAAUCCAGAAACAAGGAGAACAUUAGAAACAGCUUUUAAUUCGAGGUGUGUUAAAGAAAAUACACCCAUAUUGAAACGUUUAAUGGAACUGCGAAAAGAACGUGCAACAAUUCUUGGUUUUCCUACACAUGCUGAUUUUAUGCUUGAUUUACGUAUGGCUAAAACUGCUCUCAACGUUGAUAAAUUUUUAAGCAACGUUGGGACUAAAUUAAAGGAAGCUCAAGUAAAAGAGACUGCACGUUUAUUGGAAUUGAAAAAAGAAGAGUGUGACCGUUUAGGAUAUACGUUUAAUAAUUGCUUAAAUCCAUGGGACACACGAUAUUAUAUGAAUAUGGUUAAAGAACGAGAUUAUUCCGUCGAUGAAGUGGCUCUGAAGAAAUAUUUUCCAUUGGCCACUGUAAAAUCAGGUAUAUUGCGAUUGUAUCAACAACUGCUUGGUUUAAGAUUUGAGCGUGUUUCGAAUGCAGAAGUUUGGCACGAAGAGGUAGAAAUGUAUUCAGUGAGUGAUUCUCAAUCUGAUAGUUUGUUAGGUUAUUUCUAUCUUGACCUGCAUCCACGUGAAGGUAAAUAUGGACAUGCAGCUGUAUUCGGUUUACAACCAGGAUGCCGUAGAUUAUUGAACUCCAAUAAUAUUACAGUGGAUGAACAUAGUCAUUCCCCAUCAUUAUUAACCUCUGAACGUCAAUUGGCUAUAGCAGCAAUGGUUGCUAAUUUCACUGCACCAGAUAAAGAAACUGGUGAAGGUUUUCUAUUACAUAGUGAAGUUGAGACAUUUUUUCAUGAAUUCGGUCAUUUGAUGCAUCAUAUUUGCUCACAUACUGAAACAGCUUUAUUUAGUGGUACAGCUGUAGAAACAGAUUUUGUUGAGUGUCCAUCACAAAUGCUGGAAAAUUGGGUAUGGAAUGUUGACGGACUGAAAGCGCUACUUGGUACAAAUGAUGAUCCAAUUCCAAAAGAUUUAUUAGCUAGUCUAAUUAAUUCACGUAUAGCAAAUGCUGGUCUAUUUUAUUCUCGACAAAUACUUUUAGCCUCAUUUGAUCAAGCCAUUCAUACAACGAACUGGGAAGAUGAUCCUCUAGUUACUUUUGCGAAUUUAAGUAAAAAAUGGUUGGGUAUUCAACCGAUACCAGAUACUUUUUGGCCUGCAUCUUUUGUUCAUUUAACUUGUGGUUAUGAUGCACGUUUCUAUAGUUAUUUAUUGAGUAGAGUAUACAGCACUGAUAUGUUUGAAUCACGUUUUCAAUGUGCUAUGGAUGGUGGUUGCUUAAGUAAAUCAGUUGGAAGAGAUUAUCGUGAGAAAAUUCUCCGUCCUGGUGGUUCUAAAGAUGCUGCAGAUAUGUUGAAAGAUUUUCUUGGACGUGAACCAAACGAUGAUGCUUUCUUCAAAUUAUUAAAUGUUAAUUUACCAUAAUUGAAGUCAUUUGUCUUUCAACUUUUAUUUUGUAAAGAGAUUUAAUU